CGGUACGCGCAUGGAACUCCCACAUACCUGCCUGUCGGUACGCGCAUGGGACUCCCACAUACAGCCGCAAACGGGUCCCAGGCACCUGCGGACACCUGAGGCUAUCCAUCAUCUUCCCACGCUGCCGGUUUGUAUCUGCUGCAACCAAACGGCCGAGAGGCUCCCGUGAAGAGAUCUCGUGUCCAGCAGACUCUGUGUUCUGGCGAAGCGAUCUCGUGUCCAACAGACUCUGUGUUCUGGUGAAAAGAUCUCGUGUCCAGCAGACUCUGUGUUCUGGUGAAGCGAUCUCGUGUCCAACAGACUCUGUGUUCUGGUGAAGCGAUCUCCACCGCCGGGUAGCAGCCAGGUGCUCCUGCGGGCCAGGCUUAUAAACACUGAGCUCCAUCGUGAUCCCAUCAGCUGAUACCCGCCGCCGGCUGAGCGGGUUUAGGAAGACUGAUGAUCGGCUCUGUCCCACCGCCGGCGCCUCUCCGCCCGCGCAUCCAUCACUGCUGAGUGUGUCUGAGGUCAGUCCGGCCGCGCAGCUCCGUCUGACGGGUUCCCUCGCCAAGUGUGGGUGAGAAACGGCGGAAGGCAAAGCUGCAGCCGGGAUUACGGAACAGCUUCGCGCUAUAAGGCAAGAACUGUCCUUCUCUGGUGAGUGACCGCCGUGAGGACUACGUCACAGAAGAUACAUGACGACACGAUAACACUCCGCGGCCGUACGGGCUGCUGUGGUGAGUCGGCCCGGCCAAGCGUCCGGUUCCUCACGGUGCAGGAUUCGUGGGGCACCGAGACAUCCGCGCUGGGGCGGCGGUAAGAGUUAGGGUGACCCCGUGCGGCUGUGCCCGGCAAGGGGAAGACGGCCCUGAUGCGGCGGUGAGGGGUGAGGGAGACCCCCGUGCAGUUUGCGGGCUGUGUACGGUGAGUGGUUGGGGAGGGCAGUGCCCGGCAAAUGGACUACUUUAUCGCGGUGCUGGGAGCCCGAGCCAGCGGGAAGACGGCGCUGGUGCGGCGGUUCAUGACGGGGGAGUUCCCGGCGCAGCACCGGCCCACUGUGGAGGACGUGUACAGUCGCGUGGUGGGCUGCGACAAGGGCGUCUGCACCCUGCGCGUCAUCGACACCACAGGCUCCUACAACUUCCCCGCCAUGAGGAGGCUCGCCAUCUUCAAGGCCAAGGCCAUCCUGCUGGUCUACUCCGUCACGGACAAGAACUCCUUCGAGGAGGUCAAGACGCUGUACGAGCUGGUGCACUCCGUCAAGACGGACGUCUUCAAGACGCCGGUGGUUCUGGUGGGGACAAAGGCGGACCUGGCCGACCAGCGGGACGUCAAGAAGAAGGAAGGCACGGAACUUGAACUCAUCUGGAACUGCGGAUUCUUAGAGGUCACGGUCACGGACGAAGAACAGGUCACAGACGUCUUCAGGAGAGUCUUCGAGCUGGAGACGCGCUGGGCCAUGACCCUGACUCCGGAGAGCCAGAAGUACAAACGGCGGUGCGGCUGCCUUCCGCUGAAAACAUGGGCCAAACCGGAAUAACGAAGGGGAAGACUGCAAUAGCAAAGGUCCAGACCGGAAUAGCCCAGGGCCACGACAAAGGGCCAGACCGGAAUAGCCCAGGGCCACGACAAAGGGCCAGACCGGAAUAAUAGCAAAGGGCGAAACCGGACAAGAAAAGGACCAGACCGGAAUAGC